CGGGUUCAGAGUGGAAAGGUUUGCAGGAUGAAAAAAUGGCAGCCGUCGCGCUGCGGUGUUGGCAUUGACCAAAAUGGCAAUUUUUUUUUCGAUAGAACGUCGCUCCCAAGUACACAGAUUACUUUAAUAUGAAGAAUCCCAUAGAUACAUUCAACUUGGAACGCGUUUAAAAGACCUUGAAGCAUGGCUUUACUGAAUGAGAUUGUGUGGCGGUUUUUGCACGCGUUGCUCUAUGUCCAGCGCGCGCUGCUCGACUGGUUCCGAGUCCACAUCUGGAGGUGGAAACGGGCCGUACUGGGAUUGUUACUGCCCCUUGCCCUCGGCUUUCAUAAUCCGAAAAAGACUGGACCCAUAGGCAAACGGCCCAGCCGCCGGGUUCGCUGGGGAGCCGAUGGCAGGACGUUAGAGAAGCUGCCUCUUCAUGUGGGGUUAUUGAUCACUGAGGAGGAGAUCCAGUUCACGGACAUCGCCAAUCUAGUGGUCUGGUGCAUGGCAGUAGGCAUCUCAUAUGUCAGUGUUUAUGAUAAUCAAGGUGUCUUCAGGAGGAAUAACUCUAGACUCAUGGAAGAGAUCCUGAAACAGCAGCAGGAGCUUUUGGGAAUGGACCGUUCCAAAUACUCGGUGGAGUUUAUGAAGAAUGGUGCAGAUAAACCGGAGCAUCAAGUGUUCUCUUGUCAGUCGGUGGUGAAGGUCUUAUCUCCAGAUGAUGGGCGGCUCAGUAUCGUCCAGGCAGCCCAGCAGCUCUGCCGGGACGUUGAGCUGAAGGAAAAGACAUCCCAAGACAUUAACGUCACUGUGUUGGACUCAUUACUCAGAGAGUCCAAGAACAUACCAGACCCAGACCUGGUGCUGAAGUUCGGCCCUGUGGAAAGCACACUUGGAUUUCUUCCCUGGCACAUCAGACUAACAGAGAUUAUCUCCAUGCCGUCCCAUGUAGACGUCUCUUACGACGACCUGUUUGGUGCUCUGCAGCGCUAUGCGAUGUGUGAGCAGCGGCUGGGCAAGUGAGGAAGAGUCCGCAGAGAGCAGAACAGAAGGAACUGAAUGAUGGAGGGGGUCCGUCCCUCUCUUCAUGUUUACAGUACAAGCACUGGAGCCUCAGCGCCAGCAACCCACUGCUGCUGCUCUUCUCUUCUCUGCUCUGCCUGGGUCAUCUCUGUGUGUAUGUGUGUGAUUAUACUUGUGAGUUUGUGUAUGUGUGAGUCUCUCAUGAGUGAGUACAUUCAGAAAAGGAUGCAAGCGCUACCCUGCGAUGUGCCCACCAGCAAGCCAGUCGCUCAAGGAACUUGGUUAGCCACAUGGUGUAUAUUUACCAUCAUUUUUGGUUUUACUUUCUCAUACCUUUGGACACUUUGGAUUGGUGGCAGUUCGUAAAAGUGCACUGAAGUUGUACAAAGUCAUCCGUCUUGCCAAACGAGAGUCCUUGGAGAGAGAAAUGCACUUGUAGUUGCACAGCUGCUUUCAGACGACUCAGACGUGCGAGAGCUUUCUUUUCGACGGAUCUUCUGCAUGCCGAAUCUGUCUUACUGUAAUGUCAUGCUCCCAUUAAGGAAUAACAAGCUCUCUUAAAUGGUUAUGUGUGUUUAUUGGUAAUUGUUUUGUAUGAAUGUGCACGUACGUGCCACAAAUGACAAUAAUUAACAUUUAAGCCCUGAAGUUUGUUAUUCUAAGUGCGUAAAUUGAUUGCUCUACAUCGUUCCCCUCGAAAGCUCUCGCCGUUCGUAAUGGAUUCUGGUGCUAAUUAUGUUUUUAUUUGAUUUUUAUUUGUCAUCGGUAAAUAUCGCUUCAUUCAGAAGUCUGUUAUUUUUCUCUGCCAGUGUCUCUAUGCAUCAGAAAUGUUUCACAUUAAUAAUUUGUGAGAUCCGUGAUUGUUUUGUUUUUUUUUCAUAAAAUGCCCCAGGCUUUUCAUCGUUCUGCUUAGCACAAAAACUCUUAAAUAUGUAAUUCAUGGGUUGCCAUUGGAAGGGUUGGUUUGCUAGUGUCCAGUGUGAAUGUAUAAUAAACGUUACUGGAAUCCUUUAA